GGUGCUGACAGUGUGACUGACAUCUGCCGGGGCCGCGCUCCGCCGCACGGCUUCCCCCGUCGGCCUAUCGCUGCUCUCCGACACGGUGACGACGAGACCCGGAAGCAGCGAGCUGCCUGCCUGCCUGCUUUGUUUUGUUUUGGUAGUAGGAGUUGGAGGCAGACAGGCGGAGGGUCCGUGCGGGGUGAGAGCCGCUCACUUAAAUGGGGAGAACCAUAUCGGGGAUGGAAGAUGACGGACCGAUAGCUGACGCUUGUACAAUGCCGAGUUUUAUCAGCAGCUUCGAGGAAGGGAGGGUGAAAUUGUCCCGCAACCUGCCAACAGAAACUUCCUUCACGGACGGCAAAGUUGAGCGGUCGGUGAGAGAUUUGAGCCGCCGUGUCACCAGAUCCAACUCGCGGUUAUCCCUGGACGGCGGAGAGAGGGAGCCGGAGGAGAGGAGCAGCGAUGAGGAGAAGGAUGCGAAGGGCAACAACAACAACAACUGCAACGGCGGCGGUGGAGGUGGAGGUGGAGAGAGGAGGAGGGCGAGCGCUGUCGAGAUUUUGAGGAGGAAUUUCGGGGUUUCAAAGUCUCCCUCUCUCCGCCUGAGCACAAGCAGUCGGAUGCAGCAGCACGACAGCCACGAAGGGACCGUCAACAGCGACGUUACGAGCGGCUACGAGAGUGAAUGCGGCGAAUGUAGAAAGUCGGAGCGGGAAACGGGCGACGCGGUGACGGAAAACGAGCCAACCCUGAGCGACUUGACUUCAGUUGAAUUUAUAACCGUCACCGGCCCGCGCCGCCUCAGAGGGGACAGUGAAGGCAGCACGGGGACUUCAAACGAGCCGUUUCCCGGUAAAGAGCACGUCUACUGCACGGUGUACUGCAUCGCCAACGACAGUCACCGGGAUGAAAUCACGGACGAUGACACGGUCACGUCUGACGCACCAGAAAUGGACGCGGAGACGGGACAGGACGCGAGUUCGAGUCCCAAACCGCAGCUGUACACACUGGACGACCUGGUGGAUCCUUUCGGGGACAUGGCCCACGGUUUGUCCAUUUUACAGGCCGGCGGCGCAGAGGCAACGAUGCAGAGUUGCCGGGUGUGCCUGGAAGGGAAAUCCAUCGCACCCCUGCCCUGCUGCAGGAAGGCCGUGUGUGAUGAGUGUCUGAAACUCUACGUCAGCUCCCAGGUUCGAGUAGCCAAAUCAUACAUCAGCUGUCCGAUCCCGGAGUGCAGCGGCUACCUGGAGGAGGUAGUGGUGAUUUCCCAUUUAGCCAACGAAGACGUGGCAAAAUAUCGUUACUUUUUGGAGCUGAGUCAGCUGGACUCGAGCACCAAACCUUGCCCCCAGUGCAGUCAGUUCACCUCUCUGAAGGAGCACAACCCCAACCGCUCUGAACACAAGUACAAGAUCCAGUGUAGCAAUUGCCAGUUUGUGUGGUGCUUUAAAUGCCAUGCGCCGUGGCAUAAUGGGCUCAAAUGUCGCGACUACAGGAAAGGAGACAAGCUGCUACGAAACUGGGCUAGUGUCAUAGAGCACGGGCAAAGAAAUGCCCAGAAAUGUCCUCAGUGUAAGAUUCAUAUCCAGCGUACAGAGGGAUGUGACCAUAUGACUUGUACGCAGUGCAACACUAACUUCUGUUACCGCUGUGGAGAGCGCUACCGACACCUAAGGUUCUUUGGGGACCAUACAUCCAACCUCAGCGUGUUUGGAUGCAAGUAUCGCUAUCUACCUGAUAAACCUCAUCUGAGACGGCUAAUUAGAGGGUCUGUCUGCGCCACCAAGGUGCUGAUAGCUCCAGUGGUCAUUUUGCUGGUCGUGGUGCUCGGAGCUCUCGCGCUGGUGAUAGGUCUGGUAGUUUUCCCGGUCUACUAUGUGUGUAAGAGGAGGAAGAAGCAGCGUACACAAGGCUCCGGGCGGUGGAUCUGAAAAACCUGCCCUGUACGCCCAUCUAGACCACACACACAUACACACACACACACACACACACAUACACACAGCUUGAAAGACAACGCCCACAUCUCCUCAGGGAUGAACACGCCAGCCUGAGUCAUCGCAAACGUCUGAACAGAACAUCGCGAAAUUAACACUGGCAAUUAGGGAAGUACAUAAACCAAUAGAGCGAUGCCUGGAUAAUCACACGUCAUCACAUGGAGAAUAUUGUAUCCCAUGGGAGCGCUGCUGCAAAAGGAAUGCUUUAUCAGGAUAUUCAAGCCGAUUUAAGUUGACCUCUGGAGCAACCACUGUCCCGUAAAGUGUUUGAAUCCCUUAAAUCUUAACUAGAUUCCACCUAUUUUAAACUUUCUCGCUGACUGACUGGAAAUUUCAGCAGUGUACACUUGCAGCUUUUCACUCUUCUAUCAAACAUUUAACAGCCGCUGUCGUUCAGGAGAACAAACACAGGUAAUAGAUGGAUGCAGUUUUGUUUACACCUACACUGAGAACUUGGUAAUUGGAGCCCGAUGUGCUGACUGUGGAUGGAAGGUUUUAAAUGUUCGACAGUGUUGCAUAUUGGAAAUUAUGAUGGAAGAGCACGAAGAGGAUAGGAGGAUCUCGAAGAAGAACAUUACCGUCCUUUUGUAAAAGUUUCUUCGGCCAUUUGUGCUGCAGAUAGAAACUGAAUUUGGAACAAGCCAUGAUGGAAAGUGAAUUCUCACAGAUGCAACAAAGUUGGAUGUGUUCAUUUGUCCAUCUCACUCUGCUGGAAACUUAUUUAGAUAUUGAUUAAUUCCCUUUGAGAUUUGAGUGUUUGAGAAGCACACGUAAUUCAAAAUAAUACAUGCUAAACUUGUAGGGAUGGAAGAAUGUUGCUCAAGUGUCUUUGACUAGUCUGGAUAAUCUCAAUUCUGCCUGAUGAAGUUUUUGUGAGAAGAUUUGAAGGUUGCGUCGUACGUCUCCACCCUCAGUAGCACCUAGUUUUUAAAGGACACACCCACGUUAGCUUUUAAAACAGAAAUGUGGAAUUUCCACAAGCCUCCAUUGUUUUCUGUCGUGGUUUUUUCAUCAGCGCCUUCUGGUCCUUCCUCUCUGCCCUCCUGCCUGCCUGCCUGCUGGUUCAUACGCCCUCCCUGCCUGGCAGGUCAUCUCCGCUCUGCUGUGCCCACAUACUGUAUGCCAGUAUCUGCAUCAACAACAACAAAAAAAAGAAAGAAACGGAAAAGCUGCUGUGUGGCAAUUGUGCCAAAACAAAUUGCUGAAUGUGGCAGGACAGAUCUGUCCCAUUGUUAGAUUUUUUGUUUUUAGAGGUUGCUGUUGCGGAGGUUUGAAUGGUGAUGCUGUCAGUGUGUGGUGGAGUCUGCAUAAUGGACUCAGAGGCUCCAUCAACUUCCCAAAUAACUUCCCAGAAGAAAUGACUGAAUGUACUGCUGCAGGAAGAUAAACAGAAGUAUUUAAGAGUUUUGUCAUGUGGGUGGUGUUUCAGUGCAAAGUUUAUCAUCAGGUUGAUGUGUGUGUGUGUGUGUGUGAGGUUUGAAAUAAUCGAUAAGGGGGACAUCUGUCUGCUGGAGAGUUUGGAUUGUGAUUGUGCGUUUUUUUGUUUUUUUUUUUCACGUGCAUGUACACCCUGUUAGCUCAUUCACACUGGCACAUAAUGCAAGAAAGCACACAGGUGGAGCGCUGCCAGGAAACAGGAGAUUUACAAGAGCUUUAAAGGUCGUCACCUGGCAGCAGUCAGCCUGCUGUCCUUCACUUAUCCCUCUAUUCUCUCGUCCCUGCUGUCAUUCCUUCAUUUUGGAAAUGGGUGAUGUGUGCUGGAGCUGUGGCUGCUGUUCAGCCACAAGAAUCCCCCGAACUAGAUGUUUUUGAGCCUUUUGAUAUGUGGGAAUAACGCAGAGCUACCUGUGGUGCACGCUGCGGUUCAUCCCACCACUUCAUUCAGUAGUGUUUUGUUUGUCAUAUUAUGAAAAUGUUUUAAAGGCGAGACUAAAAUAGACAGAAAGACAAGGUUAAGCACAAAUACCUGCACAUAGGGGAGGCUACGGUGAGAGAAAGAUGAUAUAAUGAGAAGAAACUGAGGGGAAAUGUCUCAGAUAAUAAUUGGUUUGAGUGUUACAGCACAUUUCAUCACUGAAUCAAGGAGUUAAGGCGUUGAGGAAAAGGAGGGUUGAUGUUCACGCGCGGUGGACAUUUUGCAGUGCAAUGCCAUGAGCUUGUCCCACGGAUCUGAAACAUUUUCUACAUCUGGGAGUCAGUAAAUACCAACUAUUCCUGAAGGGCACGGAAAAUAUAUUGUUACACGCCGCUUUCAGUAGGUCCUGACUCUGGGUUUGAAUACACUCUCAGGGAGUUUGUUUUCCAUUCACUGUACCCAGAGCUUGUCCACGUACAUGAGCUGUGCCACCGAAACUGCUGAACAGCGCUGUAGAGAUAAUGCUUCCUGAUGCAUUUGGCCAGACCUGCUCAGCAACCAUAUUUAAUUCCAAGAAGUAAAAACACUGUAGUGUCAAAAGAGAUCCAAAUAUCUCAGUGAUGCAAACACUGUCUGUGUUUUCCCAGCCCGACUCAGCUGUGUUGUGAAUGCUGCUUGGGAGGUCUAGGACUUAAAAUGUAAACAUGUAUCAGUAAGUCAGCACUGGGAAAUUAUACAUGCAAGUUAUGCGCCAAACAAAAGCAUUCAGACUAUCCAAUUAUUCACUUGCAUCAUAUGCAUACAUGUUUUAUCUUAACUGCUCAGCUAGUACUACACUGACAUGUUUAAAUGCUGCAUUUUUCAGUUUGAAUGACAUGACUGACAGGCGACAGACAAAUUUUGCUGGCAGGUUUUAUAACGCGGUGAAGAUUUUUUACUAAUUUCGUGUUAUUUCAUCGUAAACGUUUCCCUGCAGUUUAAUCUGUUACCUCCACUGAAAGAUUUGAGUCCACCAAUUGCAAGAAAAUGAACAAAUUGCACCAUUUGAUAAUCAAUCAAUCAUUUACAUAAUUCAUCACGUAAUAAUACCUAACAUUUGGUCAGACUGCGAGCAGCUUCUUAGGAGCACGGGUUUACACACGUUUUACUGUCAGACAGUAAGCGUCUGCCUGUUCAGCUAGAGGACAUGUAAAUGUUCUCUGUGAUAUUUGUCUUGUAUCUGCUUUCUGUCACUUUUGUACAUGUUCAUUCACAGUUCUGCAUAUUGAUUCAAUGUUAAGAUGCCAUGUGGAAAUGCCAUCAUUGCUUUGUUUGUUUGUUUGUUUUGUUUUUGUAUUCUUACUUGAUCACUGACAUGUAUCUAAACACUGGGUCAAGCUUAACAUGCAAAGAAUGAGAAAGAUUUUGGGCCAAUGAUUUUUAUUAUUAAUUUCUUUUUCUUUCCUGGGGUGUUAUCGGCUGGCUGAUAACCCCCGGCCAUUUUGUUUGUGUUGUUUUACAAUCCCAGUGAUAUUGGCAUAAAUAUGCAAUAGUGCCUUCACAGCCAUUAUAGAUCAGGGUUUGCCAACCUGUGGUUGUUCCCCUGCGUGACUCCAAAGAUUACAAAUCGGGGUAAAAUAUAUCACGAUCUCAUCACAUUAUGUGUUAUAUGUUAGAACAGCUAAAGCAAAAGCAUAAUAUAUCGUAAUAUGUGGCACCUAAUGUAAAAGUACACUGUUGAAUAUCUUAUGGAUCUGUUACCCUACAGGGCAAUGUGCAGUGCAAUCUGCUAAAAAUGUUUUUAAAGGGGCAGUGUGUAGGAUUGAGUAGCAUCCAGCAGUGCAGUUGCUGAUUGCACCCCCUCGCCUCACCGUAUCCUUUCUAGCCACAAAAAAGUAUGAAAGGCCCUUUAGUAGUCCGUCCAUUCUGGACUAGUGUAGAAACAUGGCGACUGCUUUUGUUACCUUUUUUAAACAUCAACAAACUAUUCUCAUUUUCAGGUGCUUAUACGUGAAUAAAAACAUAGUUAUGAAUAUUAUGUUCCAUUUCUGCCAUGUUUUGUAAAUAGAGCCCCCUAAAUCUUACACACUGGAUCUUUGAUCGGUUAAUGUCUCUCUAAAAUAUCUCUAAAAUUUUACACAAUACAGGGUUUCAGCUGAUGUCCAAAUACGCUUGUACAUUUGCACAAGUUAAACUGUCACUUUAUUUUGGCUCAUGCCCAUUCACUCUUUGGACUCUGUAGAUUAGAACGAGGAAGCAGCAGCAGCAGCAGCACAGUGAGCCUGUUGGAUGAGUAAAGCUCAGUGAAGGAAGUGAUAAUGCCAAAACAAAAAGAUGUGUAGUCAUAGUCUACAAAUCUAAUGUCUAUUUAGGAACAAUACAUCAUAGGUUCAUUUCAACUCAGGAGUCCUGUGGAUAUUUGUUUUGUGUAUUAUCAGUAACAUCUGGAUGGGUUCUCACCAUCUGGACAUGCAAACAUAUUUCCUUUCAACAUUUUCUGUCUACACACCAUGUUGUUUCUAUUCAAAGAAAUAAACUUAAUUACUGUGUUCUGUGUUUUCACCAAGAACAGAUUCUUCCUCCUGCUUCCACUGUUAAAAAAAUAUCUGCUGAUGAUUAUUAUUAUUGCUCACUUGGCCAGGCACAAACUCUGUUUUCAUCUGAGGUUCUGAUGAAGAAUAAACUCAAAUGGGUCAAAUGCCAAAA